AUGGCCUGGAGUUUCCGGGGGAAAGUCCAGCUUGGGGGGCUACUCCUCUCCCUCCUUGGCUGGCUCUGCUCGUGUGUCACCACUGUCCUGCCCCAGUGGAAGACUCUUAAUCUGGAACUGAAUGAGAUGGAGACCUGGAUCAUGGGGCUGUGGGAGGCCUGCGUGAAUCAGGAGGAAGUCGCCACUGCAUGCAAGGCUUUCGAGUCCUUCCUGUCCCUGCCGCAGGAGCUCCAGGUAGCCCGCAUCCUCAUGGUGGCCUCCCACGGGCUGGGCCUACUGGGGUUUCUGCUCUCUGGAUUUGGGUCUGAAUGCUUCCAGUUUCACGGGAUCAGAUGGGCAUCCAAGAGGCGGCUUUGUCUCCUAGGAGGGACUUUGGAAGUGUCAGCUUCAGCAACUACCCUUAUUCCAGUCUCCUGGGUGGCCCACGCCACAAUCCGAGACUUCUGGGAUGACAGCAUUCCUGAGAUCGUACCUCGGUGGGAGUUUGGAGAUGCCCUCUUCCUGGGCUGGGCUGCUGGUGUUUUCCUAGCUCUUGGUGGACUGCUCCUCAUCUUCUCAAUCUUCCUGGAAAAAGAAGACGUGCCUUCUCGAGGGAUGGUUGAUCCCACUGCCCCCCUAUCAUCCUGUGCUGCCGUGGAGAAGUCAGACAGCUCCUUCCACCUCGCACCAAGACCUUGGAACCUGGACAUCUAA